AUGGAGGCCAUCAAGAACGUCUGGAUAUCUGGCAACACUGUUGGCUGUCCGAGGAACCCGACACAGAGGCCGCAAAUUGCAGUGAUUCACCCCGCGGAGGAGAGCAGGGUCCGCGGGGCUGGAUCACCUCUUCCGGGCCGACGACAGAACAACGCGCGAAACGGGCCUACAACCUCAUCCGCCGCCCGCUGUGUUUUCCUCGGCGACGGGGGCGCUUACGCCGAGAAGGUGGGACCAGGGCGCGGCAAAGACCUGAUUGAGAUAACAGUGUACCCUGGAGGUGAUGUCAUUCUACCAUGUCAGGUUGCUGGUUCCUCCAUCAGAGUUGUGGAGUGGACCAGACCUGACCUGGAGCCAGAUACCGUCCUCUUAAACAGCGAUGGACACCUGGAGACAGACGAGCAGAAUCCGUCCUUUAAGGGCAGGGUGGAGCUGGUGGACAGAGAUCUGAAAGGAAGAGACGCGUCUUUAAUUCUGAAGAAUGUGAACAGACAAGACGCUGGAACAUACAUGUGUGGAGUUAAAACCGGUGACUCUGAGCCAAUCAGAAUCAUCCGUCUGCAGGUUCCAGAGCCAGCAGACCUACCUGUGGUAACAGUGCACCCUGGAGAUGAUGUAAUUCUGCCAUGUCGGGCUGAUAAUUCCUCCUCCAGAGCUGUAGAGUGGACCAGACCUGACCUGGAGCCAGAUAUUGUCCUCUUCUCCAUUAAUGGACACCUGGAUCCAACCCAACAGCAUCCAUCCUUUAAGGACAGGGUGGAGCUGGUGGACAGAGAUCUGAAGGACGGGAACUUGUCUUUUAUUCUGAAGAAUGUGAGCAGACACGACACUGGAACAUACGAGUGUCGAGUUGCAUCAGAUGGUUCAAGACGUAGAAAAAGAGCCAUCAGAGACUCUGAGCCAAUCAGAACCCUCCGUCUGCAGGUUCCAGAGCCAGCAGGUUCAAACAGAGGACACUCCGAGGAUGGAAACUCCACGAAUGAUGUCCCUGAGGACAGAAACUCCUCUCCUGUAGGCCUCAUCGUUGGACUGGCAGCAGGUGUUCUGGUUCUUGUAGCUGCUGCAGUGGUUGGUGUCCUGAUGUAUAGAAGACGUAAGAACAAGAGAUUAAGCAUUAUAUAAAGCAUUUCCCCUCCUUGAAUCUCCACCUUGUCGUGGUGGCGGGGGUUGUGUACCUGAGUCUGAGAGCUGUGUUGUCUGGAUCUCUAAGCUCCACCAGGGUCUCCCAUGAUGACAGAUAGGUCCCAGACAAGGGUCAGACUAAGAGAGAUAAACAUUUUACUGAAAGUAAAAGUACUGUUUCUUUAAAGAAAAUUGUUACUUAACUAAAAGUACUUUUCUAUAAAUGAAUUGUUCUUAAGUAAAAAACCAAGUUAGGCUACUUAUUUGAUACCUGAUAAAAGAUAUUAAAAUGUUCUUUAAGAGCAGACUGAAGCAGACAACACAGAGAUGUUCAGACAAUAUAAACUCAGCAGUAAUACACAGAAAUACUUUGCUCCAUUAAAUGAGCAAAUGUAAUCUAUUACUUCAGCCCAGCUGAUAUAUUGCGUUCAACAGGAAAUAAUGUUUCUUUAGUUGUAAAUAUCAGCAGAGGGAGCACCCACCAGAUAUCUUCUAAUCAGGUGUAGAGAGCUCUUCAACAUGUCUUCUGUUUGGGUGUUUUGAAAUGAUUGUUUUCUGCUGGGUAAUAUAAAGCCUUGUGCUGCCUGCUUUCUUCCAGCUAAUGAUUUAAAACCAACUAACCUUGAAUGGUUUAAACUGAGGAGUUGAUUAAAUUGUGAAUAUUGUUGUUAUUGUAAUUAUUAGAGAUGCGCCGAUUGACCGGCCGGUCAUAUAUAUUUAUAUAUAUAUUUAUUUUAUUAUGUAUAUAUUAUUGUAUUGCCAUUACCUG